AUUACAUUGAACACCACUUUAAUGGCGGGCCAAAAAAUAGGCUACUUCCUUGCUGCUAAAGAAAACACAAAAGACCAAAGGUGUAAGUUAUAACUAAGAUUUAUCCCUGUAUCGAUCGUUAGCCUCCGUUCAGUGUGAGCUACAACAUGAAGAACUUCUUUAAAAACUCAGACAAAACAACAACUUUCAACAGGAUCAGGACGAGAAGAAACUCCCGCCAAAAAAUGUGCAAUUUUAUGGACAAAAUGGCGGCUACAAGGUGGGUCACUCAUGAACUGGAAUAACAGCAAACAUUUAGGAUUUAUCAGAUUCAAUUUAUGAGGUUUUUAAUUACUAAUUAAUUUAAAACUAAUAUAGAAACACAACAUUUUAAAUUUUCUUACAAUAAAGUUCUGGUUGGUGAAUUACUUGUUAGCCGAAUUAACCGGAAAGCCGCCAUGAAUCGUUAAAAGGAACUUAAAUUCACGUUUAACAAGGUAUGUGUAUCUGCUAUGAAGACAGACAUUAUUACUGGUAAAUGUAUAAUGGAGUUUGGUCUGUGGUGUGGAACUGAACUGUCGUCUUGAUGUAUUCAGCUUCCAUUAACCAGGACUGUAACAGGGGGGGAAGAUAUUCGUCUUGACCGGAUAAGAGGUCGAUGUGUCCCGACGGCUGUCCGGUGUCCUGUCCUGAAAAUGUCCCCGGAGAAAAGGAGCUGUCGCCGGUGGCGGGCUGAAGGAGAAGAGCGUCAAGCUGAAAACAUGAUGGUGAGGAGAGCAGUGGUGACUGUGCAUAUGGGUGCUUAAAGGAAAGAGGAUGCAUGGAGAUCUCAGACAGCUGGCAGGAACAUCCAUCCGCUUCAUGCUCCGUCCGUCCCGGCAGCAGUCAGGGCCUCUCCACUUGAGCCAGCGGCACCAUGGGAAGCUCCACCUCCUCCCUUGUUGAAGAGGCCGAGGGUGAAGUCGCACCCCGGGGUGCGGCUCUGCCCCCCUCCCCCGUCAUGGGGUGUCUAAGGAGCAGCCAGAGCACCUUCAUCCCUCGGCAGCUUCCCAGACCGAGCAGGCACAGAGAGCGCAGUUUCUCUUCUGGGUCGAUGCCCAUGCAGAGGAGCCAGUGGGCCUGUGGCUGUUGUACCUUCCUGAAUGCAGCCGGCGCCCCCCGCUGCUCCAUCUGUGAAGCCCCGCGGCGAAGACCCGACACCCGCUGGAUGUGGCACGGGUCCAGCAGGGAGGACGGUCGCUGGUCCUGCCCGCGCUGCACGCUGGCCAACUCGCGUGGCAGCCUGGCGUGCUCGCUGUGCGGCUACACCGGAGCGCCGGACCGACCGCGGGACUCCUCCGAAGACCAGCCUCGGCCUCAGCGCUCCAGCAGCUGCUCCGGUCCCCUGAGGCCGUCGUCAGCUGACAGGAAACAGCCAGAAGAUGCAGACGGACACAGCCUGACCUGGGACUGUUUGAGGUGCACUCUGCAGAACACCCCUACCUCCAUGUCCUGCUCCGCCUGCGGGGGACCACGCAAACUGUCUCUGCCCCAGAUCCCCGCCGAGGCCUUGCUCAUGCCUGAGGUCUGCGAUCAAACAGGAACACAGCAACCAGAACCCGCAGCGGGGGGGCUUUCACUUUCCAUAUCAACCAGAGGAGAGUGUUUACCGGUGGAAGCUUCAUACCCCGACCCGCCCUCCUCCUCGUCUUCAGGUCAUAAUAAUCCGGUUCCCUGCAGCCGCAGAGAGGUGCCGCCGCCAGAUGUUUGCCUCAGUCAAGCACACAGCAUCAGUCCGUCUCCUUCGACCCUCGCCGUGUCACAUCUGUCUGCCCAGCCAGAGCUGCUGCCCGGGAGACGGCUCAGCAUCCUGAAAGAGGAAAUGUCACCUCUGUCGCCUGCAUCAGAUGCCUCCGUGUCGUUUCCACCCGUCAACAGGACGGAGGAGUGGUCGUGUCCGGCGUGCACCCUCAUCAACAAGGUCAGAGCCAAACACUGCCUGGCGUGCCACACCCCCCAGCAGCACGCCGCGCAGAUGAAACCGGCGCUGUCCCCCAGGAGGAAGGAGAGCAUGCUGGUGGAGGCGCUGCGGCAGAGCGACGAAGGAGAGGCCAAAGAGCUGUGGGAGAACAUCGUCAGCUUCUGCAGGGAGAACGCCGUGACGUUCGUGGACGACAGUUUCCCCCCCAGUCCAAAGUCCGUGGGCUUCCCGGCGGACGACAGCGUCCAGCAUCGGGUCAAAAAGUGGCUUCGUCCUCAAGAAAUCAACUGCUGCAACUUCAGAGAGCGAGGGGUGAAGUGGUCCGUGUUCCGCAUGCCUCGCCCAUCUGACAUCCUGCAGGGACUUCUGGGUAACUGCUGGUUCCUCAGUGCCUUGGCUGUUCUGGCAGAACGUCCCGAGCUGGUGGAGAAAGUGAUGGUGACCCGAGCGCUGUGUGCGGAGGGAGCCUAUCAGGUGCGUCUCUGCAAGGACGGCUCGUGGACCACGGUGUUGGUGGACGACAUGCUGCCGUGCGACGAGAGCGGCCACCUCCUCUUCUCUCAGGCCCAGAGGAAGCAGCUUUGGGUUCCUCUGAUAGAAAAAGCUCUGGCCAAGCUCCACGGUUCCUACUUCGCUCUGCAGGCGGGCCGCGCUAUCGAGGGCCUCUCCACGCUGACGGGGGCCCCCUGCGAGUCUCUGGCGCUCCAGGUCAGCGCCACCAACCCCAAGGAGGAGCCCAUCGACACAGACCUCAUCUGGGCCCGAAUGCUGAGCUCCAAAGAAGCAGGCUUCCUGAUGGGGGCGUCUUGUGGAGGAGGCAACAUGAAGGUGGAUGACACGGAGUACGAGUCCCUGGGUUUACGUCCACGACACGCCUACUCUGUCCUCGAUGUGCGGGACGUGGACACUCACAGAUUACUGCAGCUCAGGAACCCGUGGGGUCGGUUCUCCUGGACGGGCCCCUGGGCCGACGACUGGCCAAACUGGCCUCCACACCUGAAGAGGGAGCUGUGCGCCCAGCGAGCCGAGGACGGACUGUUCUGGAUGGACUUCUGGGAUUUCAUCAGGUACUUUGACUCAGUGGAUAUCUGUAAGAUUCACUCAGACUGGCAGGAGCUCCGGGUCCCGGGCGUCUUCCCCCGAGGAGCCGACGUUCCGGUGACGGUGGUGUCCAUCACGGUUCUGGAGAGAACAUCUGUAGAACUGGCUUUGUUCCAGCAGGGCAGCAGGCGCUGGGACACGGCGGAGAGCCACCUGCUGGAUCUGUGUGUGCUGGUGUUUCGGGUCUCCUACGACAGCUCGGGGACUCUGGCGCUGGGUCGUCUGCUGGCUCACAGCCGGCGCUCGGUGAGGAGGUUCGUGGGCUGCUGUGACGUCAUGCUGGAGCCCGGCGAGUACGCUGCGCUGUGCUGCGCCUUCAACCACUGGCACAGCGGCGUCGCCGAGGGGACAGUGAGCGGGGGCAGGGCGGAGUCUCCUGGCUACAUGCUGGCCGUGUACAGCUCCAGACUCGUGAUGGUGGAGCAGGUAACGGCCUCCAACACCACCAUCGCCGACGCCAUCAUCCAGCUGACGGAAACCAAAGGAGAGAGACACGAGGGUCGGGAGGGGAUGACCUGCUACUACCUGACCCACGGCUGGGCGGGGCUCAUCGUCAUGGUGGAGAACAGACACCCGCGGCACCACCUGCACGUGUCCUGCGACUGCAGCGACAGCUUCAACGUGGUGUCGACGCGCAGCAGCCUGAAAACCAUCGACAGCAUCCCCCCCCUGCACAGACAGGUGCUGGUGGUUUUGUCUCAGCUGGAGGGAAACGCUGGAUUCUCCAUCACACACAGACUGGCUCAUCGUAAGGCUGUCCAGGCGUCGCUGGGGAACUGGAGUCCCUCAAAAGCAACACACAGUCCCGCUCUGAGUCCGGAGACUGCAGGUCUGCACCAGCCUCGCCCCCUCUGACCGCUGGGAUCGGCAGCUUCUUUCAACAAACAGUCCAACUCCUGGGGACUCGUGUCCGUCUCAUCUGACUGUUUGAUGACGUCCUCAAAGUGUUGGACUAUUUUUCAAAGAGAGCCUCAUAUUCUUCCACAAACACUCUGAGAGCUGCUCUGAGACAGAAGCAUCUCACUGCUUGAAUUAAACCUCAGUGGACAGAACGCAACAGCCAUGUGCACACGGCAGUAAAGUACAGACAGAGAGGCGUCGGCCACAGUGUCACCGUCUAGUCAACAACAGACGGAAGAAAUUCAGGCGUCAGGUCAUGAAUUAAUCAAACACACCUCCCAGAUGUUACCUGGACCAGUGGCUCAAAUAAUAGAGAGAGACCAAAUAAUACGUUCAGAGCGUUUUUAUUUUAACAAUCGAACAUUCAGGACUGUGUGACGGAGCGUCAGGGAGCACAGCGAGGGGAGAAAAAGAAAUCUGAAAUUUCGAGAAUAAAGUUGUAAUAUUACAUUCAUUAAAAAUGUAAAAUUUCAAGAGGAAAAUACUAAUUUUUAGCAAUAUUACAUCAACCAAUCAAACGGGUGAAAGCACAGUCAGUGGCAGCUGCAGAUGAAGUUUCUCCUUAUUUGUGAAACCUAAAGUAGAACUUCACAGGAUGCUCCACGUUCCUCAUUUUAAAGCUUCUGAUAUUUCCCUCUGCAACAACACACAAACUAAAAUUACAACUAUUUUCUUGUAAUAUUAUGACUUUUUUCUCAUAAAAUUACAACUUCAUCCUCAUAAUAUUAUGACUUUUUUUCUUGAAGUAUUAUGAUUUUAUUCUCAAAAUUACGACUUUAUUCUUAUAAUGUCUGACUGUUUCCCUCAGUGUGGCCCUCAUCCUCUCAAUACUUUAAAUCAACAGGUGAGAAAAUGUAUUUCUGUCUUCAGAGCAGCUCUGCCUCUGAGAAAAUGUCUGACCCACAAACAGAAGCUGCUCGACCCGUCACAAAGAUGAACACUUAGAGCAGAUCUUCUUAGAGAACACAUGAUGCACUUUACAUUUCAGAUCACAGGCUGGUCUUCAGGUCCAGACUGUCUUAAUUGCACUGGUGAUAGAUGAAUAGAAGUUAUCUUAAUUAGUUGUGUCUGAACUGGCUGCCAAGAUGUAACACAAACACAGUAUUAUUCAGUCUUACUGCACAUUUGUAACAUGUAGGAUGUUUAGAUAAAGUGUUUUAGUUUAGAGAUGCAGCAGAGACUCGUUGUGUGGUUGCAUUAGCACUUUAUCAAUUUUAAACUAUGCUGGAUACUCGUGGUGUUUUAUUUCAGAGGAGACGUUUUAAACUUGCACAAUGGAUACAAAUAUUUUAUGCUCAUGAAUCCAAAACUACCGUCAUGUUGUUAGAGAGAAGAUAAAAACUAUGCAAAUGUUUGAAAGCUGUGAUGAUGCUUCGUCAAUUAAAAUGUGUAUAGCUCUUUAUCUUUGGCGUAUCUGUUAUAUUUACAGGGUGAAGAUAGGAUUUUGUUGUGAUUAGUGUGUUGUUAUUAUUAUAUUCACAUUUUUUACCUUCAGGUUUGACCUUCACUGUAUUCUGUGUGUUCAUCCACUUACAAUAAAUAAAUAACAUUGAUAAUCAGUAUUCAGGAAGCUUAAA